GAGCCAACUGAAGGAAAAGAUACCUUCCAAACUGAACGAGCAAGUGGGAGUAGAAGAGAAAACGAAAAUGAGCAGCGGAGCAGGGAAGAUCGUUUGCGUGACUGGAGCUUCCGGUUACAUUGCCUCAUGGCUCGUGAAGUUCCUCCUCCUCCGUGGCUACACCGUCAAAGCCUCUGUUCGUAAUCCAGAUGAUCCCAAGAAGGUGGAACACUUGACUGCACUUGAAGGAGCUCAAGAGAGACUUCAGCUGUUUAAAGCAAACCUAUUGGAAGAAGGUUCCUUUGAUGCUGCAAUUGAAGGGUGUGAAGGUGUUUUCCAUACUGCAUCUCCCUUUUUCCAUGACGUUACAGAUCCACAGACAGAAUUAAUUGAUCCUGCAGUGAAGGGAACACUAAAUGUUCUUAAUUCUUGUGCAAGAACUCCUUCAGUCAAACGAGUUGUCUUGACAUCUUCUAUCGCUGCAGUUAAUUAUAAUGGAAAGCCUCGAACUCCAGAGGUAGUUGUGGAUGAAACUUGGUUUUCUGAUCCAGAAUUUUGCAAGGAAAAUAAGCUUUGGUACGUAGUCUCAAAGACCUUGGCUGAGGAUGCCGCUUGGAAAUUUGCAAAAGAGAAAGAUAUAGACCUGGUUGCUAUAAAUCCAGCAAUGGUGAUUGGUCCUCUUCUACAGCCAACACUUAAUACAAGUGCUGCUGCUGUAUUAAGCUUGAUGAAAGGAGUACAAACUUUCCCCAAUGCAACUUUUGGAUGGGUAAAUGUUAAGGAUGUUGCUAAUGCACAUAUUCAAGCUUUUGAGAUUCCGUCAGCAAGUGGACGUUACUGUUUGGUUGAGACAGUUGCACACUACUCAAAGGUGGUGGAUACUUUGCGUGAGCUUUACCCCGAUUUCCAAUUUCCAGAAAAGUGUGCGGACGAUAAGCCUUAUGUUCCAACAUAUGAGGUGUCUAAGGAAAAGGCUAAACGCCUGGGUAUUGACUUCAUUCCUCUCAAGGUGAGCAUAAAGGAAACUGUGGAAAGCUUAAAGGAGAAAGGAUUUAUUGUGUUUUGACCAUCUUCUAGCCUUUCCAAGCUACUUUCAGCUUUUCUUUUAAUAAAUAAAUAAUGGUGUUGGCAUCAUGCGGAAGAAGCAAUUAUUGUUUAGCUAUAUUGUUUUGUAAUAGUAAUAUUAUGAACCAAUUAUUGUUUAGGAUAAAAUUAGUUGUUGUGUUAUCAUCUUCAAAAUAAUUUUAUUAUUCUCUUUAGUUUAGAUUGAUAAUAACAGUAUUAUUUUCUUUAUGAAUUUGUUUGUUUUGCAA